UGUCAAAUGACAGAUACUGUAGUUCUACUGUCUGUUUACAUUUUUUUAUUAAUCAAUUUUUUGGCAUGGAGGAGUUAAGGCAAGCAUAGGAUCCUUACUGGACCUCACAUCUCUGAAUGCUAGAUAUGCCUGUAUGGCACAGUCAAACAUUAAGUACAGCUCACAGAGUUUGAGAAAAGCCACAAAAUUUGGAGUGAAGGAAGCAGAUUGGCCAUUUCACUGAAUUACCUGCUGUCUAAGCCAUUCUUACCAGACUGUAAGGUGGUGUUUGGGGCAGUGAGUACAUGUAGACAUACAUCAUGGUUUGGCAGGCUCUGGAUGCUUCAGAGUGACUAUUGAUGAUAAUCUGAUCAUGAGACAAGCAUAAACAAGUCUACCAUCUCCACUUGUCCCUUCUUGUACAAUUGGUAAGUGACUAGCAGAAGCAAAUUUGCAUAAAUAGAAACUAUUACAUAUGUGCCAUUAUCAUCUCAACAUCAGCUUUGUUUGCAGUGGUGCCAGUAAGCCAUGUAAUGGCUGGUAGUAAGCGGUGUUUGCAAUGACCAUAACAGAAACAUGGGACAAACAGAAUAAUGUUAGUGACAAAUUCCAAUUCUACUUGUGUUAGAGUGGCAGAGGACCAUUGUCUUGGGAGCCAUCUCAUAUGACAGUCAGUUACCCCUACUAAUGGUACAAGUGAUAUUGAUGGCACAGUGAUGCAUUCAGGGAAUCCCAUGCCUCCAUAUGUUGCCUUUCAUUACAAACAACCAUCCAGAAAGAUAAUGUUCAUCCAAACACAGCUAGGGUUUCCAUGGAUUAUCUGACACAUUGCCAUACCUCUUUGACUUGCCUGGUCUUCAGAUUUGUUAUCCAUCAAGCAUUGUGGGACCAGACAGGACCAGACUUUUUCCUCCUGUUGAGGUAGGACAUGAAUAGUACAGAAACUGGUGUUCUUGGUAGUACAGAUACGUUAGUAAAAGAAGCUCUCAGUAAAUUUAUUUUUCAACAUACAAGACAGGAUGCUCUCAGUUCUAUUGAUGAAAUUGUUUUAAGUUAUGUGGUUGGUAUUCUGGAAACAUUAGCAACAGAAACAGGAGACGAUGCCUUUGAUGUAGACCAAUUUUCAGAAAUGAUGAGUGCUUAUCUCCCUGCAUUUUCAAAGAUUAAUAGCACUGCAAUAUGUGAAUGGAUGUUUCAGUUAGCAUCAUGGUUGGCAAAACAACAAGAUGGAAAAACAAUGAGUUCAUUUCAGAAAACAAACACAAAACCAGAAUUCCUCUUAUCAUUAGAAUCUGCUGUGAGAACAGAAAAUAAGGAUAUGAGUGAAGAGAUUCCAUAUAUUUCUUCUGAUGAUACUAGUAUAUGUUCAUGCAGCAGUAAUGCAAGCCAGUCAGAGGAUGAAGUUAAACAAUCAAACCAAUUUGCUGAUGAAACAAUAACAAAUUUGAAUGAUCAAAUAAAAUUGUUAACAGAAAUGUUUCCACAUAUGUGUACAUUAGAAAUUCAGCAUUGCAUUAGUCUUACUGGUGGAGAUUGCCAAAAAGCUGCACAAUUACUUCUGCAAAGACAGGAUAAUGGAGAAGUAACUCAUAAACCAAAACUUAACCAGCAGAAAUCAAAACCUGGAAAAUGUAUGGAUAACUUUCUACAGGAUAAAGAACUCAGAGAACAAAUUUUAAACAGAUAUGCAUACAUAGAUAAGGAUGAUGAUGCUCGGGAGCACAAACCAGUGGCCCCAAAAUCCGAACCCAAAAAAUUGAUAAGAUACAGAGAUAAUAAGAUAGUCAGUGUGAAGGGCGAAAGAUAUUCCGAAGUCAAAACAGAGGAAUCUGAAGACAUGAAAAAAACAUAUGUUACACUAAAACCUGCCCGGCAAUAUCGUUUUCACUAAAGUAUUUAGUUUUAAAUAAGAAAAAAAAUCUAUUAUUAUUGUAGAAAUAUAAGCAUGCUAUAAAAUACAUUAGAAGUAGAAAGAAGAAAAGUGUAUUUCUUAAAAAAAAUAAUAAUUUUUGAUAUCUGAUCCUUGGUUGGAUGAUAAUCAUUCAACCUACCUUCACUUUUACAUGUACAGUUCAAUAGUCAAUUGUAUUAAUUUUUGAUGUCUAAAAGACCACAUUUUUCUUACUACAGUACAAACUAAUUAUAAUCCAUACACUUAAUUUAUGGAGAAAAUAGUCAAAUAAUAUAAAAUUAAUCAUUUUAAUAAUAUGUUGUAUAUCUAGUUACAAACAAUUGUUUGCCAUUUAAAUAUGUGAUUAUACAAAAAUGAACCAAAUGAUGUAGCACAAGUAUUAUGUGAUUUUUUUUUCCUUGGACUAUGCUGAUUUGUGAAGUCAUUUCAUGAAUUCAUCUUUUAUUUUACAAAAGGGAAAAAAAUCAUCUCAUUUACUUUUAUUGUCUAUAUUUUGUAAAAUUUUAUCAAUAUUUAUUGUGAUGUGAU